AUGAGUGCGCAGAAAUCUCCGUCAGCGUCUAUGCUCCAGCGCAUCGACUUCUCUCGACUACAUGUGGACAUCGAUGCCUUUCUCAACCCAUAUCUGCCGCCUCCACCAUGGCGCCAUCUGCCCCAGCCGAUCUCUCGGUUCUUCGGGUACAGGAAGACUCUCGCCCCGAAACCCCUGGGAAAUCUUGUGAUCGCCUUCUGGUCUAUGAUCGGGGUCUUCUGUGGUGUGCUCGUAGUAGCGGAGGUGUCUGAACAUGUUCCAUCAUUCCAAGCUCACCAUGCGCCAAUCAUCGUGGCCAGUUUUGGUGCUGCUGCUGUCUUGGAAUUCUCCGCCAUCGAAUCGCCCUUUGCCCAACCACGAAAUGCCGUCCUGAGUCAGAUUAUUGCUAGUUUCGUCGGCGUUGUCAUAGGCAAGCUCUUCGCGCUGAACGAGAAUGCCCACUCUAUGCCGCAAGUCGGCGGUGCUCUGGCGUGUGCCAUCACGACGGCCAUAAUGACGAUCACAAACACGGUCCAUCCCCCUGCCGGCGCCACCGCUCUUCUUGCCGUCACGCAAUCCUACGAGGUGGGAUGGUACUUAAUCCCAAUUAUGCUGCUUGGCUGUGUGCUUAUGCAGGCGGUGGCCUUGUUGAUCAACAACAUUCAACGUCGCUUCCCUAUCUACUGGUGGACACCACAGUCUUUGGAACGACCCAAGCCCGACGACACCGAAAGCGCCCGGGAGGCCAAAGAGGGAAGUGUUGCGUCCGUUCAAUCUCACGAUACUUUUCCCGGCGUUCCGACCCAUAUUGUUAUUGAAAAAGGGAGUGUCAUGUUACCAGACAACAUCACGGUUACGGAGCAGGAGAUGGUAGUGUUGAAAAGAAUUAGCGAACGAUUAUAG